AUGACGAUAUUUGGUAUUAAACAAGAGGACCCUCUAAAGCAUGUGCCUAGCCCAAACUCUGCUAAAAAUCCUCAACAGUUUGAGCUGGUGCUUACCCCCUUGUUGGGUAUUUUAAGGGACAGAGCUGCGUCAGGGGAUUCUCUUAAAAAAUUUGCAGCAGGGCAUGCAACUGUCCCUGGAGGUGAAACAAUAUACGCACUAGCUCAGUGCACUCCAGACAUAGACAAGCAAAAUUGUAGCAAUUGCCUUAAAGAGUCCGUCUCAGAAAUUCAAACCUGUUGCGGUGGAAAGCAAGGAGGAAGAGUUCUUAAACCCAGCUGCAAUUUAAGGUAUGAGGUUAGUCUUUUCUUUAGGUCUACAACCGAUUCGUUAGUAGAUAUUCCAGCUCCAGUUCCGGCAGCACCAGCACCUAAAGAAGCAAAAAAGAAGAGUAACAUAAAACAAACUGUCAUCAUCAUCGUUGUGGUUUUGGUUGUUUUUGUCACUAUUUUCAGCAGCAUAUGCUUUUUCUUCAGAGUAAAGAAACGAAGGGUAAAACUUGAACAAGAUGAGAAUUCGGAAGACGUUGGUCUGGUGGAAUGGUUGCAAUAUGAUUUUGAAACUAUAAGAUCUGCAACAGAUGACUUCUCUAAUGCAAAUAAGCUUGGACGAGGUGGGUUUGGAGCUGUUUACAGAAACUGAGGCUUCUAUUACUGAGCUUUACGCUCGCUAGCUAAUAUGUUAUGAUCACUUACAAUUGAGUUAUUAAUUAUAGAUAAUGUGUCAUAAUAGAAUGUACAGUAAGUUAUCGAUACAUUGUGAAUAUAAUAUCCUUACAAAAUCCGUCCACCGAUAUAUUGUGGAUAAUAUCUAUAAAUAAAAAUUCAUAAAUUAUAAAAUUUAUGUAUGAACUUGGAUCCU